GUUGUUGUGUUUGACACUGCGCUUCUAGCCGUCUAGCCAGCGUGAUAACCAUCAAUUAGGGCUAAUGCAAAUUACACAAGCAACGGGACGAGACCAGAACAAUGAUUAAUAUGCAGCAAUUACUGAUGACCGCGGUUCGGUGCAGCCGGUGGCUAGUGGGCGGUGGCGCACUGGUACGGCGUCCUCCGUCCGGCAGUGUCGCCCACGUGUCGCUGCUGCUAGCGCUGCUGACGUUGCUCGGUACGGUGCGCCACAGCCAAGGCUAUCUGGACGACCGACAGCCGGUAUAUCUGGAGGCGAAGAUCGGUUCGUACGUGAUACUGGACUGUCCGGUCGAUUUUCCCCAGGACGAACCCAUACCGUACGUGCUGCACUGGAACAAAGACAACAAACCCGUUUUCACGCUGUACGACGGUGUACUAAACGCUUACGAAACCUUUAUCGGGCGUGUGACGCUCCUCAACAACGACAUUCUGUACGGCAAAGCAUCACUCAACCUAACCUCAAUACGUGAAAGCGACAAUGGCUGGUACGAGUGCAAAGUGAUCUUCCCGAACCGUGUUCCGAACAAACGCAACAAUGGUACCUGGUUUCACAUAUCCGUUCUUGGUGGCACACUGCUUCGUAUUCCACCCGUCAACCAAACCGUUCUGGAGGGCGAUCCAGCCUUUUUCCACUGUGUCGUACAGAAUCCGGAAACGAUGUUCGUCGAAUGGUACAAGGAUAAUGUGUCCCUGCUCGAAUACUACGAUCUGUCACAUCGGUCGAUGAUGGGUCCGGAUGGGAGUCUUACGAUCAAUCCAACACAGAUGAGUGAUCUCGGGUUUUUCACGUGCGAAGUGCGCAACACUGCCAACGAUACGCAGUCCGCCAGUGCGUACUUGAACGUGCAAUAUAAGGCCAAGGUGGUCUACGCACCGAAGGAGGUAUACAUACCGUUUGGUGAGUCGGCCGUGUUGGACUGUCACUUCCGAUCGAAUCCACCGUUGAAGAAUCUACGGUGGGAAAAGGAUGGUUUCCUGUUUGAUCCGUACAAUGUACAGGGUGUAUUUUACAACCGCAACGGUAGCCUCCAGUUCGACAAGGUGGAUGAUUCACAUGCUGGCCGUUACUCUUGCACACCGUACAACGACCUCGGCACUGACGGACCCUCACCAAUCAUAAACGUAAUUGUACAGCGACCUCCAUUUUUCACCAUCAAACCAAAGCUCGUGUACGUCACCAAGAUGGGUGGAACGGUCGAGAUGCACUGUGACGCUCGUGAUCGUGACGGUUAUCACAUUCCACAGAUAACCUGGAUAAAGAAAGAUGGAAGCCUGCUCCCUUACGGUCGGUUCUCUGUCAACGGAGGUAACCUAACAAUCGAGGAUAUCGUCGAGUCGGAUCGAGGAAUUUACGGCUGUCAGGCGACAAACGAAGCCGCUACCGUGACGGCCGAUGCAGAGAUUAUGAUAGAGAAUGUAUCUCCCCGCGCACCUUACAAUCUGACCGGAAACAGUACCGAUACGUCCAUUACGAUACGAUGGGCUCCCGGGUACAUUCGUCAGUAUCUGGAGUAUAUCAUCUGGUACCGGUUAGCGGAUGCACCGGAAUGGCGAACGUUGAAGGUAAACAACAAACAUGUGCUGGAGGCUACGAUCACGAACCUACAGCCAGCGCGGGAGUACGAGUUCAUGGUACUGUGUCAGGACAACUAUGGCGAUGGGAUGUUCAGUAAAGCGUUCCGCUACUUCACCAAACCGACGGAGUUUGAGCAACCGGAAAAUGGACUGCAGGAUGCGUUGCUGCAGUUUAGCCAGAUCGGAUCGCCGAGAAACUUCAGCGUGCGCAAGGAGAAGGACAACUUCGUUGCUCAUUGGGAACCACCGGAGCUGGGACUGGAUCAACUUCGUUUCUACAUUCUGCGUUGGUGGAUCGAACCACAGCACAAGCUGCAUGGCAGUGCAGAAACAUCCGAGAACCAUUAUAUUCUCGACAACCUGGACGAAGACGAGCUGUACACGUUCCAGGUGUUUGCUUUAUCGACGACCAACUACACGAGUGGCAGUAACGAGUACGAAAUCUACGUCUAUCCCUACCGGCGCGUCAAGGUGAUGACGGUCAGUGGCGUUCUCAUACUGCUGUUCUGUCUCGCCGUCAUCUGCACGCUGCUCUACAUGAAGCGAAAUCGGAUUCGAAAGCUGCGUGAAGCGGAAAAUGUGAAGAUAUGAGCACCGUUAGGUGAUGUUCAACUAGCCC